AUGGAUGAUUCUUUACAACCACCACCAAGACCAAUUGAAGGACCUCAUAUUAAAAAAAAGAAAAAAAGAGUUGGUCCAUUGACAGUUCAAGAAAUUAGAUGGUUUUAUAAAAAAAAUUCUGAAACUAAAUAUACACCAUUUUCAGGUUAUGAUUCAAUAAGUAUUGAAUUUCGUUAUCGUAAAAUUUUAAAUAUUGAAAUAGAUAAAAAAGGAUUAGAAAUAAAAAAAAAUUUUAUUGAAACAGAGGAUGUUAUUGUUUUAGAUGGUUUAUAUAAAGUAGAUACAACAUUAACAUAUAUAUCACCAAUAUAUUGGAAUGAUGAGUCUUAUCAAAUAUGUCGAGGUACAUGGUUUAUUGAAGAUGAUAUGCAACCAUUACCUAAUCAAUUUGCUGAAUUAAUUGAGGAUCAUCAUUUAAAAAAUUUUAAAGAUCAAAUAAUACCAGAUAAAGGAUCAGGAAAUGAAAAAGAAAGUAGUAAAAAGCCAUUUUUAACAUCAUUAACAUGUUUUGCUGAUGAAAUACGUUGGAAUUCAGUUAUUGAUAUAUAUUUAUAUAGUAAUCCUAAGGCAAAUAAAUUUAUGAGAUUAUUAACAUGGUCAAAAUCAGUACAAUUAUAUAGAGGAUAUAAUGAAGAUGCUGAAAUAAAUGAUGGUAAACCAGAAUAUACUGAUUUAAUGUUUGUUGUUCAUGGUAUUGGACAAAAAGGAUAUGAAAAUUUAAUCGCAAAAAAUACUCAACAAAUGAGAGAAAUAUUAAAUCCUAUGAUUGAGAAACAAUUUAAGGAAUGUAAUAAAAAACUUAUAAUGAUUCCAAUAGAAUGGAGAUCAUCAUUAAUAUUAGAUAAUGAUUUAAGUUCACAUAUUCUUUUAUCACGUAUGUCAUCAGUUCGUGAAAGUUUAAAUUCUAUUGCAAUGGAUAUAAUGUGUUAUCAAUCACCAUUAUAUAGAACAGAGAUUAUAAAUGGUGUCAUACGACAAUUAAAUAAUGUUUAUAAAAUUUUUAUAAAAAACAAUCCAAUGUUUAAAGGAAAUAUUUCAUUAUUUGCACAUUCAUUAGGUUCAGUUAUUUUAUUUGAUAUUCUUUCAAAUUGGUCACCAUUAAAAAUAUAUGAUGAAUAUGUAUCAAAAUCAUUAGAAUCAAAAUUAGAUUCACUUCAUAAUGAGGAAAAAGAAAGUUUAAAAAAUUAUAUUAAUGCAAGAAAAAAUAUGUAUGAUAAAAUAAUGGUAAAUGAUUUAUUAAAUGAACAAGAAGAAAAUCUUUUAUUUUCUGUUAAAAAUUUAUUUUGUGUUGGAUCACCAUUAGCUAUAUUUUUAGUUAUGAGAGGUGCAAAAGCAGAUAGUUUAUUUUUAAAAAAAGAACGUUUACAACGAGUUAUUAAUAUAUUUCAUCCAUUGGAUCCUGUCGCAUAUCGCCUUGAACCAAUGUUUCAUUAUUUAUAUAAAUAUAUUAAACCUGUUAAAUUAUUUCCAUCAACAGAUGAACGUUCCUAUAAUAGUUCAUACAAAUUGCCAUUAGAAAUGAUAAAAAGUUUUUAUAAAAAAUUAAAACAGGAAAAGGCAAGUAGUUGUACAAGUAAUGAAAAUACUAUUAAAGGUGAUGUUACUGAUCCAUUUGGAGAUGAUUUUGAUUCUGAUGAGUCAUUUGAUGAUGGUACAUCACCACGUUGUCAAUCACCAACAACAAUUAGUACAAUUGAAAUAAAUCCAUCAUCUAAUACAGUUGUUGAUACAGAAAUUCAUAAAAAACCAUGGUUUGGAAAAAAUAAACAUGGUAAGGAUAAUGAUAAAACAAAAGAGACAAUAGAUUCAAGUACAUUACAGGAGGAAUUAAAUAGAAUUGUUACACAAAUACCAUUACAACAUCAAUUAAAAUAUAGAAUUGAUUAUCAAAUUCAACCAACAUUAACAGAAAAAGGAUAUCUAGGAAUGUUAAGAGGACAUUUUUCCUAUUGGACCAAUCCUGAUGUCGUUUCAUUUAUAGGCAAUGUAUUGUUGCAACAAAAUAUUGAUGAAUUUGGUUUAAUUGAAGUAUCGAUGGAUGAAAGAUUAAACACUAAAAAUUAA